AUGUCUGGCGAGAAGACACAGUCAAACUUACAGGAUUUCUCGUCUCACCGCAGGAACCCUGAUCUUUCUAAGGACCCAGCCUUGCUGCAGCAAUCUGAACUUUUGACCACUCCGAUUGAGUCAGUGCAGACACCAGCGUUCCAACCUAGCGCCUUUCCCAAAUCGGCCUCGUCUUGGCCCUUUAAUACCAGCCGGGUUCCGGUCCUAGAAAACGCUUCUUUAUCAACAUUUUCUACAGUUUCACCUCAUCCAGACUCCACUACUUCUCUACACUCUAACUCAAGUCUUCCUAAUUCAUUUUACCAUCAUCAAGAUCUAUACCCUGAUCAUUCCUACUCUGAGCCUUCCUACUCAGAACAUUCAUAUUCGGAGCCUUCAUACUCUGAACAUUCAUACUCUGGACGGUAUCCUGAACAGCCCGAUCAAUCUUCAUUUGAUAACGUCAAUUGCAAGGAGCAAUUGUCUACUGAAAAUCCAAGCGGUCUUGGAAUCACACCUUUCCCUAUGUCCGUAGCAUCAGAGUCAUACUUUGCUGGCCCAAUGCAGCCAAAUUCACACCAACGUAAGCAACAUGGUCUUGCUAAUGAAAUGCUCAAAAAAGAAACCCAUGAACUAACCAAAAUUUUAGAAUAUGUCUGGGGCAACCGCCCUUAUCAGCCACUACAGCCUCCAUCUGGGCAUAUGAACCAGCAAUUUCCCCCGCCACAGUCAUAUCCCUCAUCGGGAUAUCAUGUUGGCUACGGGAGCCAUCCCAAUGCACUGCCUGCAUACCAUCAUGAUUCACAUGCACCACCUUCCUAUCUCCCUGCAGUUCAUGCGGCCUCUCGCCAACCUCACUCUCGCAGCGCUCCUCCUUAUAUGAUGAACCAACCAUCCUAUUACCUCCCAGAGGCGCCACCGAUCCCAUCUUCACAUCCUUCUUCUAUGAGCUCGCAAACAUCUUCAAUGGUCGCGGAAUCAGUUUUCUCCCCAGCCGACUCUGUACACGGAUCAGAUGACCACCCAGUCCGUGUCGUUAGUUCGAGACCUCGACCGCAAUGCUGGGAUCACGGUUGCAACGGUCGUGAGUUCUCAACAUUCAGCAAUCUUCUACGACACCAACGCGAAAAGUCUGGAGUAGUAGCAAAGGCCGAGUGUCCUAUCUGUGGAGCAGUAUUUACCCGGACAACUGCACGCAAUAUCCAUGUGGCUCAAGGGAAAUGCAAAGGGGCAGGUCGUGAACCCUCAGCAGAAUAA